AUGGCAUUGCCCUUAGCUGCACGACAGCACUUCUUGGAGCACGGCUACGCCAUUGUUCCAGAUGUGCUCUCGACCUCCAUGGUGGAGCGCAUCCGGUCUGGGGCCUUGGCCUCCACAACGGCGCGCUUCCGCUCCUUCGCGCACCUGCCCAACGUCCACUCCCUUUUGAAGUCUACGCCCAAGUGCACAGACCCACUCCAGGAUGGCCUGGAGUCGCAUCUGCAGAAGCGGCGGUACAUCCUACGCUACUACCGCGACAUGAGGCGGCAUAAGCGGCGGCUGCGGCGCGCCGCGAAGGCGUUCCUUAACGGCCGCGAUGUCUCGGAGCUCGGCAGGGAGGAUAUGUUGAAGUUGAGCGAGAUAGUCUCUGCGGAGGCGCAGAGGGUGUGGAGCCGAGGCUGUACGAGCACAGUCAAGACGGACCCUCAGAUGCACAUGGCGAUAGACCAGUACCGCGCCAAUGCGUGGAUGACAAAUGCACAGCUGGAGGCGGUCCUGCGCGACAAGGAGGAGUUCGUGAAGCCGCUCUCGCAGCUCGCAGAGGUGGUGGGCGGUGUGACACGUCCCGUCAUUUUUGGUGAUGUGCCCCUGCUGCGCGAGGCGUACGGCAACCCUGUUGGGUAUCAUUGCCUUGCCCCAACGAUUGGCACCCGCACGAACGCACGCGUCAGCAAGGGCGGUGGUGAGGCGACGGCAGUGUCGAUGGUUCUCUUCACCUACACCCCUACUCCUCUGUGUCUCCCGCCCUUCGUGAUGAGCAACUCACAGCACGCGGUGCGCCGCCAGUACCUGCACUCGGUGCGCGCCGAGCGAUUGUGGCGUCCGUUUGCCCCCAUGGAGGCCGACAUACGCGAUCAACUGCGCCGCUUUCAAUUUGAUGCAUCUGUAGUGGGCCAACCGCUCCUCGCAGGAAUGGCCGGGUCGAGCAGUACCCCCGCUGCCCCCGUAAUCGGCCCGGGAACCGUCAUGGUGGUCGACCCGCACUUGAUGAUGGCGUUCGGUGGCAACAUGACACCCCAAAGCGAGGUCAUUUACCGCAUCAACGUGGUUUCGGAGAACGCGCAGCCGCAUCUGAUGGCGCCGUCGUGGAUUCGCGGGUGGCGCACGAUGCCACAAGAGGUUCAUUUUGCGUCUCCUGUCGUCUUUCCGCUGCUCUACGUUGAGUGA